GAUAAAAUAAAACAGAAUGAAAUACAUUAUGGUUUAUUGCGUGGUGGAGAAGAUAUUUGAUUUACUGCAAGUUAUCUAACGAUGGGAGCUUCUACAUCAUGUUCUGGAAAAACAAAAGUUGAAAGUUUUAACAAUGGUAAAAUUGGUGAAUUGAAGAACACAUCUCGUCCUCAAAGUGGUAAAAUAUCCACAUCACCAAAAGAUUGGAUUUGCAAUGAAAAAGAUGAACAGGAUAUCCAAAAGGGCAACAAUAACUGCGAUGUUCUUAAAGAUUCUUCUGUUACACUUCGUUCUACAAGAAGUACAGGAAAUAUGUAUAAUGUUAGAAGUUCAUCUGGGGAUAAGACAACUUUAAGAAGAUCUUGUGGAAGCCAAAAUUUACUCACAGUUGACAAAGUCUUCUCAGAAACUGAAAGCAUCCAACAUGCGUUAUUAAGACAAAUGAGCGAGCCUGUCCAAACAUGUAGAUCUUUGCCAUCUUCACCUCGCAUUGCAAGACGCCCAGCAAAAGAAAGUCACCAUGUUGAUAAGCAUGAAACCGAAAAUGGUCUUUCACUUAAUGAAUACAAACUUUUAGAAGAAAUAGGAAAGGGAUCUUAUGGUGUUGUUAGAAUGUGUUAUUCUGAAUCAGAUCAUCACAACUAUGCGAUGAAAAUAAUGUCCAAGAAACGAAUUAUAAGAAAAGCUGGUUUAGUGAAACCAAAUGAUAGAGGAAAGAAGGAUGCUUUAGAGAGCCUGAAAAGGGAAAUUGCAAUAUUGAAGAAAGUUGACCAUCCCAACAUCGUUAAACUUUAUGAGGUUCUUGAUGAUCCAACAGAUGAUAAUUUAUACUUAGUUUUUGAACUCGUCGAAAAGGGCCCUGUCAUGGAAAUCCCUACCGAAAAUCCGUUGACAGAGACUGAUGCGCGAAAGUAUUUCUGUGAUAUCCAUUCUGGUAUUGAAUACUUACAUUUUCAUCACAUCGUUCAUCGCGAUAUAAAACCUUCAAAUCUUCUUUUGGGUGAUGAUGGCCACGUUAAGAUUGCCGAUUUUGGAGUUGCCGAUAUCUUUGAGGGAGAGGAUGCACUGCUCUCAAAGACUGCUGGCUCGCCCGCGUUCAUGGCUCCAGAAUCUUUACAAGCCACGAAAGACAAGUACAGUGGAAAAGCCGCAGAUGUAUGGGCAAUGGGUGUCACUUUGUAUUGUUUUGUAUUUGGAAACAUUCCGUUUAAUCAUGGGAAUCGAUUUAGUCUUUAUGAGCUUAUCAAGUCAAGCAAGUUGGAAUUUCCUGAAGAUCGACCUUUGACUCCUGGCUUGGAGGAUUUAUUACUUAGAAUGUUGGUAAAAGAUCCCAAUGACCGAAUUUCAAUGGCGGAAAUGAAGAUACAUCCUUGGUUGACAAAAGGUGGUACUAUACUUUUACCCUCGACCUUCGACAACUGUGCUGUCCUUGAGCCCACGGAAGAGGAAAUCAGCAACAGUAUUAAGAGCGUACCCAAGAUUAAAACAUUGAUUCUUGUCAAGCAAAUGUUAAAACAUGGUCACUUUGCUAACAGGGAAAAACUAAAUCGCAUUCGUAUUACAACAGACUCUACGAUGUGACAAUUUCUAUGAAUGAAGUAUUCCAACACCUGCUGGUAAGGUGAAGGUAGUAUACGAUGGUACGACCAUUGAUCUUAAAGCAAAAAUCUUAUUGCUUCAUUAUUAACCAAUUGAAAGAAGUUUGGAUCAUUUGAUUUGUAUAAUCAACUAACCAAGUAAGAUAUCUUUAAUCAGGUAACUAAGUGGCGAGUUUUUACGCCAUAAAAUUUUACGUGCAUACAUAAUGAAGAAUGUAUUGCGAGAUGUAAAAUAGAACCGUCUGGGUACAGUAUGGGCAAAUUGAUGGAAUGUUUAUUGUUUACGAGAUAACAACAGGCCACGUCGAAAGAACUAUUCUCACAGAUUUAGGGAUUACUAAUUUGACCACCAGCAAUUAUCUUCAUUUCGAAACAAGUUGUGUGCAGACUUAAUGCCAAAAAGAUUAUCAAAGCAAUCAAACGAUGGCAAGAUUCAAAAUUACAUCUUUAAAUUGUUAGACUAUAAUUUAAUUUCAUCAAAUGUGCUCCAACGUUAUUCAAAAUUAUUUUUAAGCAACAGCAUUCUAUUAAAACAAAGUUGAAAUGUUCAA